AUGUCAAGAGUUAAAAGAAUUGCAAAAGAAUUAGAGGAAUGUCGUCAAGAUAAACAAUCAGGAGUAACAUUAGAAUUAAAUAAUGAAUCAGAUUUAACAAAAUUAACUGGAUUUUUUAAAGGUCCACCAGGUACACCAUAUGAAAAUGGAUUAUUUCAAGUAUCAAUAGAUAUUCCUAAUGAAUAUCCUUUUAAACCACCACAAAUGAAAUUUACAACCAAAAUAUAUCAUCCAAAUAUUUCAUCAGUUACAGGAGCUAUAUGUCUAAAUAUUUUAAAAGAUAAAUGGACACCAGUAUUAACUUUAAAAUCUACUUUAAUUUCAUUACAGUUAUUAUUACAGUCACCAGAACCAAAUGAUCCACAAGAUGCAGAAGUUGCAAAACAUUAUUUAAGUAAUAAACAAGGAUUUGAAGAAACUGCUGCUUAUUGGACUAAAUUAUAUGCUAAUGAUGGAUUAGAUUCAAAUGGUGUUAAUGGUGGUGGGUCCAAAAAAAUUGAAUUAAAAGAUUCUGCAUUAUAUGGAAUUGAUGAUGAAAUUGUUACACAAUUUGAAAAUAUGGGAUUUCCAAGAGAUAAAAGUAUUGAAGUUUUAAGAAGAAUGGGUAUAAAAACUUUUAAAAAUUUAAAUAAUAAAUCAGAAAUUGAAAAUAAAAUUUUAGAAGAAUUAUUAAAAGAAUGUCAAUAA